AUGUCACCCGGUGAAAUCUACAAGAUCGCCCUCUGGAUCAAACACGGCGUCCACGCGCUGCCUGCCAACCGCGAGCAAUGUGUUGUGCUUAGUGGGAGGGUUGAUGAGUUUGUGAAGGCUCUGAAGCGGUUGGAUGAGGGAGGGGUUUCGAGCAACCAGGUCGAGGCUGUUGAGAGUCUCUUCAAGAAAAUCCAACUCUACAUCGAAAAACUCCAAUCCCUAACCCUAAUCGAGCGUUUCCUCCGCCACAACGAAAUCGCACACCGCCUGGACGGUUUCAACUCCGACCUAACAUUGCUCGCGACCGAUCUCAACGUCGCCCUCGCCAUCGACGACCGUCUCGACCGGCAGGCCCGCGAAGCCGACGCGGCUGACCUCAAUGCAAAGCUGGAAACGCUGCUCGCUAACGACAACCUGUUACUGAACGCGUUGAAUAUCCGCACGAAUGAGAUCAGGGAGGCGUUGGAGGCCUUGGCGCGGAAGAUGGAGCAAUUGGGGAGUAACCAUGCAGGAGGCGAAGCAACGGAAGCCAAAUUCGCGCGCGCGGCCUACACGACCCUCCUCCGCGUCUCUGGCUCACAGGACACGCCCGUCGAAGAAUGGCGGAUGACGCAUUUCGAUAUCGAAAAGGGCGAGGUGAUUGCGCGCGGCGGGUUCAGCACGGUUUAUAAAGGGGUGAUGGACGGGCAUACGGAUGUGGCGAUUAAGGAACUGGUAGAUGGGGAUGUGGACCGGGGGAAGUUUGAGCAUGAAGUGCGGGUGUGGUAUUCGUUAAGGCAUCCGAAUAUUUUGCCGAUUCUGGGGGCAGGCGUUAGUUCGAAGCAGCCGUUCAUGGUGUGUCCGUAUAUGCCGAACGGGACUUUGCGGCAAUACAUAAAAACCCACCCGCAGUCCUCCCUCCGCCUCCUCUACGAAGCCGCCCAAGCCAUCACCUUCAUGCACAAAAAGGGGAUCGUGCACGGAGACCUCAAAUCCGACAACAUGCUCGUUGACGGCGCGGGCCACGUGCAGCUCACCGAUUUCGGAUUCGCGGCCAUCCGCGCCCACUCGAAUUCCAAGAGUUAUAAAUCAUACCAGGACGGGCCGGGAACGAUGCGGUGGGCGGCGCCGGAACGAUUGCAGGGUGGGAAGCUCACGACCGCUAGUGACGUGUACUCCUUCGGCAUGGUGGUGUGGGAGACAAUGAGCGGUGGGGAGGUGCCGUGGGAGCAUGUGGUGGAUAACGCCGCGUUUAGAGCGCUGGUGCUUGAUGGCAAGAGGCCGGAGCGGCCGCGCGGGAGUGAUAGUGGUGUGUGGGCGCUUGCGGAGCGGAUGUGGCAGGCGGAGCCGGGGUGCAGGCCGGGGAUGGCGGAGGUGACGGUUGCGUUGGGACAGGCGGUGGGGAGAGGGGCGGAACGGACUGGGAUGGCGCUGCAAGGGGGAAAACUGGCGGCGUCGGAUUCGGGGUACGCUGGAUCGGCGGGGCUAGCCUCGAGCGACGCGACCACGAAGGACGACGGAACGGCCGACAUCCCGGUCUCGGUAUCGGUCUCGGUACCAGAAGAAUCCCACGAACUCGCCAACCGCAGCCCAGCCACGCAGCCCCUACGCAUUCCCGCCCCGUCAACAACCACCACCCCCUCCCCACCUAUCCAAAAAAUGUGCAAUACCUGCUGGGGCACCGGCACCGUAACCUCCUGCUACACACGCGGCCUGCUCGGUCUUGCCCUCCUCCCCUGCCGGCACGGGCCGGACGGCACCAUGAACAACGGCCUGCUGGUUUGGAUCGCCGCGCUGCCGGUUGCCGCGGGGAUGCUGGUGUUGGCGCCUGUGCUUGUUGUGGGGAGGGUGCUGGUUAAUGGUGGGGGGAAUGUUUGUGUGCAUUGUUCGGGGACCGCGGUGUGUCCCAGAGUUGGGGGGUGUGGGGAGUGUAAGGGGCCGGUGGAGAAUGUUAGAAAAGGGUGA